GUUUGAAAUGGCGUUAUGGCGGGCGGUAAAGAAUUUAAAAAUGGUAGCAAAAACUAGUAUACCUAAUAAAGUACAUUUAAAUACAAAGGUCUUUAAUUAAAUUAUAUCAUAAGUGAAAUUAUGGAGUACAAAGAAAGGGAAGUAGUGUCGACGUUUUUUUUGGAAAAUUCAUCAAAUGAAAGCAAUAGAAACGAGGAUGGUUUAUGUGAUAAUUUUUUUUCUUUAAUUGAUGAACUCAACAACAAGCUUGAAAAGUUCGAACUUCCUUCAGCCGUAAAAUGCGUUUAUAACCCAACAAUAUACGCAAGAUAUACAUUCGAGAUGUAUGUUCGGAAAUAUUGUAAUUCGAUUAAACCAAUCAUGUAUUUUGGUAUGAAUCCAGGACCGUUUGGAAUGUCGCAGACUGGAGUACCUUUUGGUGAAGUGAGUUCAGUGAGAGACUGGUUAGGCAUAGAAGGACCAGUUGGUAAACCACCUAAAGAAGUAGAAUCACGUCCUGUUAGAGGUUUUGCAUGCACAAGGACUGAGAUAAGCGGCAAAAGGUUUUGGGGCUUGCUUAAAGAAAUCUGUGGUACACCAGAGAAGUUUUUCGAAACAAGUUUUGUCUACAACUAUUUAAAUCAACAAUGGAUGAAGAGCAAUGGAUGCAAUCUUACACCUGGCGACUUCAAAGUGUCAGAAAUGAAAGCUUUAUAUGAAAUUUGCGAUCAGACCUUCAUAAGGGUUUUAGAGCUAUAUAAAGUGCAGACAAUAGUGGCGGUGGGCAAGUUCUGUGAAACUAGAGCCCACAAGGCGAUCGAGGAACAUCUACCGUCAAAAUCGAGAACUAUAAAGGUGCUGUACCUUCCACACCCAAGUCCUCGUACUGUCAACAACAAUGAUUGGGAUCAAAAGGCAAAAGAAUACCUAAUAAAAUAUGACCUAUUAAAGUAUUAUGUAGAUAAAGAUUAGGGAAAGAAGGAUUAUUAUAUUUUGUUAAAAUGUACCUAUGAUAGAUUUUUAACCAACUCCAGAAACGAAGGAGCUAUCAACACAAAUGCACAAAAAAACUCAAGUCGUUUCAUUUUGUCGAUUUUAAUUUUAAUGAAAGGGAGUUAGUCCUUUCAGAGUGCUCCCUUAAAAUUUCAACCAGAACUGAUAAUGACUGUAAGUAUUUAUUUCUUCGUUUUAUAUACACUACUUAAAUCACGGAAUAAAAAUCGAGCUUUAGAAAGUGAUUGCUAGUUUCGGCUUUAUAGACCUGUCGCACGAAGUGGUAGCUGUUCGGUAUCAAAACAAUUACUUUUUUUGUAAUUGAAUAUGUCUCUUUCGAAACUCGAUGUGUAAUAUUUACUGAUGGGUACUUUAUAUCUGUGUGUGCUUGUUUGGUUACGAGUAUAUAGUAUUAAUUAUUUUUAGAACCAUCAACACGAGACACACACUCACAAGAUAACCUAAUUGUUGCAACAAUUAUAUAGGUUACACAAAUUGAAUAUAAAUUUAAUUUGUGUAACUUAUAAAACAGAUUGAAAUCCUUAAAAAUUAUUAGAUUAUUGUGAUAAUUAAUGUAAAGUUAUCAAGAAAAAUUUAAAUUAAUUGAAGACUGAGGUUAAGUAUAAGAUUUUUGAAUUAUUUUAUCUAUGAUUAUAAGAAAAGAAGUUUAUAUUAAAUUAAACUAUUCAGUUUUUAUUAUUUUACUGUGAUUUAAUAUUAGAAUGUGUAAUUUAUUUUUAAGCAUUUUUGUUCAUUCCAUUACAUUUAGAGUUUUGUAUUAUUUUCAUGAAGCAAUUAGAUAUUUCUUUAUUAGUUUUGUUUAUUGGUGAUCUGACUGAGAAAUCCUAAAUAGAUGUUAUGUAACUUCUUUUAUUAAAAAAAAAUGAUAACGAUUCCUAUGCCAUACAAAAAAAAACUGAGGCUGUACCGUGAUGUCAGGAAUGUAAAGAACAUUGUUAUUUGCUUUAUUCUGGAUAAUUUUGAUUAAAAUUACAUGAUAUAUUAGAGAUAACUUAAUAAGUAAAUUAAGAACAUUUAAAAAAAUGGCUGUACAUAUUUAAUUAUAAGAAUAAUCAUAAUAUUAUACUGUUAAAUAACGGAUGUUGUGACGCUCUCUAUAUAAAUUGAGAAAUUGGAUGUAGAAAUACACAAAAAGGACCUAACCCACAUAAAGUUAAUUUUGAAAGAUUGAUAUGUCUUGGUUUAGAUUUGCGUAACUUGUAAGUCUCCUAGUAAAAAAAAUUAAACAAGUUAUUGUAUAAAAAUUUAAAUAAGCAAACACUUGACCGGCUUAUUACGAUCGAAAAUCAAGGGCCGCCCAUCUUUUUCGCCUCGAAAUACGACAUAAGAAAUAUUUUUCUAACGUUUUCUCGCAGCGCCCACUAGGACAGCGCGCUUCAAGCCUUAAAUCAGUAGUAUGAAUAUUGAAGCUUUAAUAUAUUAUAAUACAUUCCACAUUACAACUUUUCCAAGUUAAUGCUAAGCUUGGAUCGGUAUUCAGUGGUAACGGCUGGCUUCAGUUUAUUUUCAAUUUUGCUUCUUAUCGAGUUUUUUUUUAAAUUAAAUGUUACACUUGUGUUAUUUUGGUCAUAUUUAGCUAAUGUUUUAUUGUGAGUCCGAUCCUUUUUAUGUAACUACGUGCAAUUGUGAUUAAAAAAAAGAACUACUUGUAAGUGUACUUGUACCUUUUCAUUUUGAAUUUCUUUAGUGAUAUUAUUUCUCAAUUAUAAGCCUGAUCUA